AUGGGCUCCAUCCACCCGCCGUGGGCGCAUAUCGUCUCCCAGAAACGUGCGAUCAGGGACCAGCAAAUUGCUCCAUACCUGGUCGACGAUAAAGAGCUUCGAGUACCCCGGGUGCAUCAGGUUGAUCAUCGCACUCGUCUGGAGCAAGAGCCCCAGGUCCAGAAAAUCACGGACAUAGACGAUAUUGCAUGCCUGGUGAAGGGACUGGAGGCGGGUGAGUUCAGUGCCGAACAGGUCAUACAAGCCUAUAUUAAACGCGCGGUGGUGGCACAUCAGCUGACCAACUGCUUGACGGAAGUGGUAUUUGACGAAGCCCUUCAGCAGGCAAAGAAGCUGGAUGAAGAGUUUAGUAGCACGCAUAAGCUCAAGGGCCCUCUGCACGGAGUUCCCAUCACCCUCAAGGACCAGUUCGAUGUCAAAGGGGUCGACACAACCCUGGGGUACGUGGGCAGGUCCUUCAAGCCAGCCAGCCAGGACGCAGCUCUCGUGAAGAUACUGAAGGAUAUGGGAGCCAUUGUCGUUGCAAAAACAAACCUGUGCCAGAGUAUCAUGUGGGGGGAGACGGAGAACCCUCUUUGGGGACUAACUACCAACCCGAGAAAUCCUGCAUUUACAUCAGGCGGCUCUACAGGGGGCGAAGGCUCAUUGCUGGCGUUGCAUGGCUCAAUAGUGGGCUUUGGGACGGAUAUUGGAGGCAGCGUUCGCAUUCCACAGAGCUUCGUUGGUUUAUACGGCUUUAAGCCAAGUAGUAGCCGAUUCCCCUACGAGGGCGUACCCGUGUCCACCGAGGGCCAAGAGCACGUCCCAUCUUCCGUUGGCCCCAUGGCCCGGGACCUUGCUUCGAUCAGCUAUAUCACCAAGCUCAUAGCGAAUGCUCGACCCUGCGACUUAGAUCCCCGCUGUACCCCUCUCCCUUGGAACGAAACAGCAUUCCAGGAAAUCCAGAACCGACCCAUGGUCAUUGGCCUCAUCCUUGACGACGGCAUGGUCAAAGUUCACCCACCGAUCACGCGCGCCUUGCAAGAGUUAUCCACGGCACUGACAGCCCAAGGCCACGAAGUGGUGAUCUGGGACAUUGCGGACCACGCUGGCUGUAUCGAGAUAAUGGAUCUCUUCUACACCGUCGACGGCGGUGAGGACAUCCGUCGCGACAUGGCCGUGGCAGGCGAGCCGUAUCUGCCCCAUGUCGAAGCCCUAGUCAAUCGCGGCCAGGCCAUCUCAGUAUACGAGUACUGGCAGCUGAAUAGGCGCAAACGUGCUGCACAGAAGAAGUAUCUCGAUAAGUGGAAUGCUGUCCGUUCUCCUUCGGGAAAACCGGUCGAUGUGCUGCUCAGCCCGGCAAUGCCGCACACGAGUAUUCCGCAUCGCAAGUUCCGCUGGGUCGGGUAUACCAAGAUUUGGAACUUCCUUGACUAUCCGGCUUUGGCAUUUCCUGUGGAUCAGGUACGGGCUAACCUCGACAAGCUGCCUGCAGAGCCCUAUGUGCCAAGGAAUCCAUUUGACGAGUGGAAUUGGAAUCUCUACGAUGUAGACCAGGUCGACGGAUACCCAGUGAACCUGCAAAUUAUCGGCAAGAAGCUUGAAGAAGAGAAGGUGCUUGGGGCUGCUACCACCAUUGAGGGAAUCUGGCGGAGUCAUGUCCAAGGGAAAGUUUGA